CAGGUCGUCACAGAAUUCAACAAUUUCCUGAGUUGUAUGAGCUACCAGCUGGAAAUGAUGCAGGUCAAAGUUACAAUUCAAGCAAAGGACAAACUAUACAUUUCAAACCAAAUCAAUCUCAAGUAGUCUCUAGAAGUUUUACAUGUGAGCUGUGCUGUAAGACAUUCAACUGUAAUUCAAAUCUGUCAAAACACAGAAAGAUCCACACUGGUGUAAAACCAUUUAUUUGCCCACAUUGCAACAAACCAUUUCGCCAAAAGGCACAUCUCAAAACUCACCUGCAAAGAAAGCAUGGAUGUGUUUUUUACAAUACUCGUUAACAGCAAAACCUGUAUACCCUAUAUACUGAACAUUGUAUGUGCUGAGAAAACCUGUUCCUUAUACAGUGCAUCGCUGCAUAGACAGACUGAUACAAAAUGAUCUGGUUUCAUAGCAUUUUGCCCUAUUUCAUCUGAACUUUUGGUUAAUCAUUAAACUGUCUCGGGGUAACCAAUUAGCUCUAAUAAGGCACCUGCAGAAAUUGUGUAGGAACUAAUAGUUCAUUUCUAAUUCAAUAUUUGACUUGACUUAUACGUGAAUUCUGACUGUUCACAAUAUGGUGUUGAAUACAAACUCAAGUUAAUUUAC